UUUUAGGUAAACUUACAUAAUUUUUAUUGAUAAUGAUCUUAUUUAUAGUCACCGCAGCGAGUGGAGGGGGGGGCAGUUUAUUUUUCCUGCGGGGGCAAUGCAAAAUAAUAAUUGUGAAGCAAUGGCUUUACAGCUGUUCAGAAGUCCAGCAGAAGUCUCCAGCUCUGCAGCGCCCCCAGCGAGUGCAAAGCGCUACUGCAACAACAUCCAUCACUUCUGCCUCCCGGUCUCAUCUCCUCCUCAUCCUCGUCCUUCUCCUGCUCCUCCUGCUGCUCCGGUGCAGACGUGAUUAGAGCGCCCCAGUAGAAACGGACCGAACCCGCGGCUUGGCGCGGCACAGCCCGGAUCAUGGAGCACACGGAGCUCCAUCGCCUGUGCUGAUGAGCGGAGCGGGGCUCAGGGAAGCGGACGAAGACGAAGGGAUUUCGGGGAUCCAGCCAUGGCGACGGAGGGAGGAGGAUGGGGGCGAAGGAGGAAAGCCGGGCUCUCUGGGUUCUGCUGGAAGACCUGCUACUUUCCUGUCCUGUUCUGGGCCGUUUCUGCGGGCGGGUGGCAGAUCCCGAUCAGGGAGGGGGGGACAGAGUGGACAGCAACCUCUGCUGCAAAGACGUGGCUGAGAAACUAUGGCUACCUGCGACCUCACAACAACCAGACCUCUGACCUUGAACAGGAGAAAGCCAUGCACUCUGCAUUGGCUGCAAUGCAGCGGUUUUACGGCAUUCCUGUGACGGGCAUCCUGGAUGAGACCACUAUGCAGUGGAUGUGGACGCCCCGCUGUGGUGUCCCAGAUCAGCCCCACACCAGCCGCCGGCAGAGGAACAAGCGCUACGCCCUGACAGGACAGAAAUGGAGAGAAAAAAAGAUCUCGUACAGCAUAUCAAACUACACCCCCAAAGUGGGGCAAAAGGACACCCAGAGAGCCAUCCGACAGGCCUUCAGCGUGUGGCAGAUGGUCACGCCACUGUCCUUCCAGGAGGUUCCUUACUCAGAGAUCAAGAAGGAAGGGAAAGAGGCUGACAUCAUGAUCUUCUUUGCCUCUGGUUUCCAUGGUGACAGCUCUCCGUUUGAUGGUGAGGGGGGAUUCCUGGCCCACGCAUACUUCCCUGGCGCAGGUAUCGGAGGAGAUACACACUUUGACUCAGAUGAGCCCUGGACAUUGGGAAACCCCAGCAGUGAUGGAAAUGAUUUGUUCCUGGUGGCGGUUCAUGAGCUGGGCCAUGCCUUGGGCUUGGAACACUCCAAUGAUCCCAGCGCCAUCAUGGCUCCUUUCUACCAGUAUAUGGACACUCGAGACUUCCAGCUGCCUCUGGACGACCUGCAGGGCAUUCAGAAAAUCUACGGUGUGCCUACAGCCAUGCUGGAACCCACUCGCCCAUUACCCACGUUACCUUCUCGACGGACACACUCCACCUCAGACCGCAAGCAUGACCGGAACUCCCGCCCAGCCCGCCCACACAGUGACCGGCCUGCACUGCCGGGAAACGGCAAACCCAACGUCUGUGACGGCAAUUUCAACACUGUGGCCUUCUUCAGGCGGGAGAUGUUUGUUUUUAAGGAUCGGUGGUUUUGGCGUCUUAGGAACAACAAGGUGCAGGAAGGUUAUCCCAUGCAGAUUGAUCAGUUCUGGAAGGGGCUGCCACCUCGCAUUGAUGCUGCCUACGAGAGAUCUGAUGGGAAGUUUGUCUUUUUUAAAGGUGACAAGUUCUGGGUGUUCAAGGAGGUCAGUGCUGAACCAGGUUACCCUCAGAGCCUGUUGGAGCUAGGAAGGUCCCUCCCGAAAGAGGGAAUCGACACGGCACUUCGCUGGGAGCCGGUUGGUAAAACCUACUUCUUCAAAGGUGACCAGUACUGGCGCUACAAUGAGGAGAGGAGCACUGUGGACCCAGGAUACCCCAAACCUAUCUCUGUGUGGAAAGGAAUCCCUGAAGCUCCACAGGGAGCCUUUAUUAACAGAGACGGAUACUACACCUACUUCUACAAAGGGAAGGACUACUGGAAGUUUGACAACCAGAAGCUGACGGUGGAACCUGGCUAUCCCAAGUCCAUAUUACGAGAUUGGAUGGGUUGUGACCAGUCUGAUAUAGAGCAUUCUGGUGGUAAUCGCGGCGAUCGCCAGCUGCCGCUUGAUAACGUUGACAUCAUGGUGACCAUCAACGAUGUCCCAACAACGGUCAACGCCAUCGCCGUGGUGAUCCCCUGCGUCCUGUCACUGUGCAUCCUCGUGCUGGUGUACACAAUAGUUCAGUUUAAGAACAAAGGAGUGCAGCAAAAUAGCAUUCCUCAGCACUAUUACAAAUACCAGGUUCAGGAGUGGGUAUGACAGACAACCUCAGGUCACGUGGGAGGAGUCAUCUGGCUUUUGCCGGCUCUGGCUAAGGACAAGGAUAAAAGUCGCUAACUUUUCUAACUUUGGAGUGCACAAACUCAACAGCUUGGUCAAGUAGAAGUGAGUGAGUGCUUGUGUCUGCCUCGUCACACCUGGCGAAGCUGUGACCAAACAUGCCUGAUGGUAGGAACAUGACCAUGAGGAUGCCAGAAGGAGAAAAGCACCUCAUCUGCUCUGCUAUUUUCAAGCCAAAAGGACAGAAAAUGAGGUUCUCUUUGGACCUACAACACACCAUCGUCUUCUCAGUGAAACCUUUAUUGAGCAGAAAGAAAACACCCCUUAUGAACCUGACAUCCCCUCUGAAAGUGUGUUACAUCAAUACCUUAUAAAGUUCUUUGCUUCAGAAGUUAGAUGGUAUUUGGUAAUAUUAGGGUGUGUUUUUUGAGAAUUUUUUUUAUAAAAGCC